AUGUCGGUCGUAAUCGGGGCCCUCAGCUCUCUAAUUGGAUAUCUAGGCGCCGCGGCGGCAACUGAAACCUUCUUCGAGCGGCUUCUUUGGCCUGAGCGCUUCUACAACGACGUCCACCCAUAUGUCUUGCUCCGACUGGCUUUUUUCUUGCCCAUGGCGGGACCCCUUCACGGGGCGGCACUCGACUGCCUCAGCACCUUCCGUGACCAUGGACUGUACCUUGGCAUACGGCGAGGCAAAAUGCUUGGAACCAUGUUCUAUCAAGACACGGAAACCAAGUACCGUCAAAGAACCGAUGAGCAACGAAAUGAAAAGGAGGUCAAGCAGGACGCGAGAAAUGGGUUUUGGGUACAGGUUCUCAGAGAGGUCAAAUGCCACCGUCACGCGGCGAAUCUCACCUUGGUGGAGAGAGGAGAGAUGGCAGAAUGGACUCCGCCAUUUCGAGCGAUGCAGUUUCUCCAUCAUCUUAGGUUGCGUUACUCCCGUUCACGUCCAGAUGGUGCCAUUCCAAUCGAAGAGUUCAACGUCACUUGGCGAACGUUCUUGGGCACGCUUAUCAGCGAAGUAUCCUCAAUUGCUGUCGCAAUUACAGCGGCAGUUGUAGAGCCUUUCAGAACAUACUGGCUGGCGGGCUAUUUGCUCAUACCGUUGGCAUUAAAGCUUCUAGCCCUGCUCGUCAGAGUCCAGCGAGAGCCAAUUGUCAAGGGCAGGGCGGAAUCCGAAAGCGUACUCUACCAAAUCCAAGAUCCAACGUACGGCUUUGCCAUCAUCGACGGUGUUCCAAGUGUGGUCCUGCAGUUCUUCCAGCAUUAUGGACACCCGAAACGAGACAGCGGGGUAGGUGGCCGGAGAGACCGAACUCGGGAGCUACUAUCAAUGGCUCUCAUUUACCUGUUUCUUCUUUACUUUCCCGCCGGAUUGAUCGGCUCUGUGUGGAUGCCCAGCAAUACGCAGCUUCUUUGGCUCGGGUUUGAGGCCUACACCAUUGUCAUGAUGCACGUUGUCCGAAUCGUUGGAUGGGACAAUUGUGGAAGGACCGAGGCACGCGUCGCGAGAUAUCUGGAGCAGAAAAAACUUGUCUUUUUGCGCCGUGCUGACGGGGAGGGAAUAGUGGCUUCCCUGGAGACUCGAGUUUUCCCUAGCAUCAGGAGUGCGAGGCGGGAGGUAAACAUAAUCGUCAAGCAAAAAUGCCGUGACGGAUAA